AUGACUCUCAAAGAGUUCCUACAUAGUGUGGAGGCCGUAGUGGGCGAGUAUGACCAAAGAGUGGUGGAUCAUGGGGAGCAGAGGUUUGGUGUGAAGAACGUGAUACCUCAUGAGCAGUACCAUUAUACACUUCCUAUGAACUACGAUAUUGCCCUGCUGGAGCUGAAAGGACACAUCCGCUUCAGAGGUCAGAUUACUUCAGUUGUUCAUGAAGUGCAGUUAGACCUGGUGGAUCCAGCCAUCUGCAAGCAUAUCCUUCAAACCCUCAGACCAGGACUGCAAAACCUCACAGUGUUGUGUGCUGGACCAGAGAGAGGAGGGAAAGAUGCCUGUCAGGGGGACUCAGGUGGACCUUUGCUGUGCCCACGAGCUGAUGGACAUUGGGUGGUGGUUGGAAUCACGUCAUGGGGCAAAGGAUGUGGACGCAGCUGGAUCAACAACCAGAUGAAACCUCUGAUUGGAAGAAGCUCACCUGCAGUGUUCACUAACAUCCCUGUGUUCAUCAAAUGGUUGCUCUGGAAAGGAAAAAUCAACUCCCAAUUAAGUGUACAAGACAAAACUUUGAAAGGCAAUGAGGGUAUUAUACGAUACCCAGUUCACCCAGUCCUGAACUACAGCGACAAUAAGGCAUUCUCCUGGUAUAUCACUGUACCAGGUGGCAAAAUAAUCCUGCUGGAAUUCUUAAAGUUUGACCUGGAGAACCAUCCUCUGUGCCAAAGCGACCACCUCACUGUGUUUGCUGGUGAAGACCUACCAAUAGGCCGAUUUUGUGGCAACAAGUCUCCUGCACCACUGCUCAUACAUUCCAACACCACCAUGCUUCAGUUCAUGUCUGAUUUCAGCGUCUCAGGCUCAGGCUUCUCUGUUCGCUUCAGAGCCGUCAAACAUGACUACACUUUGGGCCCAAGCUGCGGCAUAGUGGCACUGUUUCAAUCCCUGGAAACCGUGCAGAGCCCUAACUACCCACGGUCCUAUGGCGACGACACUCACUGCCGCUGGGUAAUCUACGUCCGCGAGGGUUAUGUUGUCAAGCUCGACUUUACCGACUUCGACUUGGAGGAGUCUGAAGGGUGUCGGUACGACUCGUUGUCUGUAUUUGGAGACUUUGAAGCCAGAGAACAAAUCGUGGUUUUGUGCGGUCAGAGCAUUCCUCCCCCUGUGCUGAGUUUUGGCAGGGUGAUGGUUGUGCACUUCCUGACAGAUAACAGCGUGUCUGCCCGGGGCUUCAGCGCUAAUCUCUCAGUCAUCAGCAAAAAGGACCUCCAACAUGGAGAACAUGAAGACCUGGACGAUGAAGAAAACCCUGAGACCUCCUCCUCCUCCUCCUCCUCCAGUAGUUAGACACUGCUGCUGUAAUGCACAUGAGACCAACGAACUCUGCUUCUUCUUCUUCUUCUUCUUCUUCUUCUUAUUAUUAUUAUUAUUAUCCCAGUCUAAGAUGAGUCACUAAUAAGUGUGGAGACAUUUCAGACAGUGUGAGGAUGUGCGGUCUUCUCAGGAUCACGUGGAAUGUCUCAUGGUCUUGCUGCUUCUGAACUGGACGACUUUAUUAAAAGUGCAGAGACUCACAA